AUGUUCGCAAGGUCAUGCAUUCAACCUAUGCUGUUAUUCCUCGUAUCUCCCUCUCUCCCUCUGUCUGUGGGAGAGUCUGUUGUUGUCGCUGCUGCUGCUGCUGAUGUCGGUGUCGAUGCUCGCUUGCGUGUCGAACUCUUUCUUCUUCUUUCUUAUUACAUUCACACGCUGUGUGCGUGUGUGUGUGUAUGUGCUUCAGUGUUCCACAUUCAAAAGCUCCUUGAUAGCACGUCUUUUUACACACACUGGAAAAGGAAAGAAGACGAUAAGAAGAGGUGCCAAUGUCUCCACUUCCGUAGUAAGGGAGUAGGGGAAAAGGACUCUGAUGCUUCCAUUCUCCCCCGCGCAGAGUGGAUUGCGCGCACAAUCGUUUUUGAAGUAAGCGCAAUCAGUCUAUCGGCAUCGCGUGUUUUACAGACUGCGUUCACCUUCCCAUUUUAUGAAGCCGCUGACGUCGAAGUCAAUCGCGAUGUAGUCGGCGCGAGCGGGGGAAAAACAAAAUGGAGGAGAAAAAUAGCUUUAGAAGAAACCGUAAAACUGUUGUCAGCAAGUGCAUAUAUGGAUUUCUCUCACACAUCGUGA